AUGAAAUAAAGUGACACUGAGCUUGAUGAUAUGAUGUAGACCAGAGAGUUUUAUGAUAGAUUAAAUGAUUUGAAUGUAUCUGAAAUCAUUAACGAGCAUGAUCAAAAUACGGUUCAAUUAGCAAAGAUGCGUUUGAUGCGUUAUGGAGAAACCAAUAAUAAAUUUAAGAAAGAAUUAGAUUAGGGUAAAUUGUCCAAGAAAUACAAAUAGAAUGGACUCAUAAAUAUAAUUAAUAAGAACAUCUAAAACUCUGAAAAGCUAAUGAGCCAAUUCAAAGAACCUAGUUUAUAUGAUAAUGGAAAGUAUAGUUAGUAAAGAAGACACUAAAUCAUGAAGAUUUGCAAUGAUGAAGGAGCCUAUCUUAACUAUAAAAAGGGUGAGAUAAGUCUUAUUGAUAAAAAAAGCACCUCUCCUAAUACUAAUAGCCAAGUGUAUUUGAAAUAUAGGUAGAUUCUUUCUCUAGAAAAUCCAGGAGAGUUUGUCACUGAUCCAGCUCUAGUGGUGAAUAGACUUUAUACACCAAUUAAUGGAACUAUUGUUCAUGAAAAAAGACUAGAACUAAAUAGUUCUUAGAGGUUUCAGUUGGAACAAGACAUUAUCUAAUCAAAGAAAUAAAGAAAUUUAGAAAUUCUAGAAAAACUUAAAGAUCACAUGGAAUCUCGAGAAAAAUUAUUCCUGAAAAUAAAUAUUAACAAAUGCUUGAAGAUACACUCUAAAGAAUGCAUGAAUAAAGUCUAGAAUCAAGAAAGAGGAAUUAAAGUCCGAGUAAUCAGCUAUAUCAAGACUAAUCUAAUAGCAGAUAUGAAAGAGGAUGGUUUAUCAAGCCCAGAUACUUCUCCAGGACCAAAAAAUUAAAACAAAGAUCUUCAAAUAGAUACAACUCUAGAUUUCCAUCUUAAUACCACUAAUAUGUAUGAUUCCACUGGAAAAAACUAAUCAACAGCAAUGAAUACAAACAUCAAUAACAUGCUUAAUACAAGUCUCUAAACGGACUUGAUGAUGGACUCCAGAUAAUUUUCCAUCAUAAAUAAGAUGAAUAGAACAUAAAAUGAAAAUUCUGUUUUUGAAACUAAACUGUCUCCAAAAAACAUAAACAUGACUGGUGAUAAAUCUCCAAGCAAGGAUAGGAAAUAGAAAUAUAAAGUCCCAAUCUCACAAGUCUUUAAGUAUCCAAACUACUAUGUUUGGGGUGAUCCUAUUCAUAAAGAAGGGUAUAAAGCCCCACCACCAUAAACUCUUCAAUUUCAAAGAAUUCAAUUUAGGAUGCAAUAACAAAUAUAAAAGCAAGUCGAGCUAAAAAGAUCUCCAAUCAAAGAAAAUUCAGAAUAAUCACUUUUAAAGAUUAACUUACACAAUUAGAAUAAACCAACUACACCUCAGUAUUUUACUGAGCCUUUCAACUAAAAAUUUAAGCCAUCUACGCCUAAGUUUAAGCAGGCAAGGACUAGUCAAAUUGAUUCAGAUGACUAUUGGUUAAAUAAUGACUAUAUCGACAAAAAGUAAAACUAGCAAAGAGGGUUAUCAAUUGUAGAAAGUAGCCAAUCCCAUACAAACUCGGAUCUUGUUAAAAUAAAGUAAUUUAUCAAGCAAUGCCUUAAAAAUGAAUCUGAUGAAGCUGAAAGGAAACUCUAGAAGUCUUUAAUAUAUGAAAGUAUAAGGCAUGAAAAACUAAUUGAGGUAUCUUAAUUCCUUGAAGAUCAUAAUGAGGUAACAGCAGCGUAACUAAGUCUUUUUCUUAAAAAGCGUCAUUCAGAGGUAGAAUCAUAGAGAUAGGAUAUUUUGGAGUCUGUGGUUGAUCAUAAGUUAGGUAUGAUGGAUCCAAGUAGAGCAGCUGCAUCGAUUGAAAAACAAGCAAAUAUAAGGAAAAUUCAAGGAAAAAAGCUAAAAUAUAACAGACUAUCCCAAUAUUCAUGA